UUGUUAUAAAUAAAGAAAAUAUUAUUUUAUCGGAUGGUAAAUUCGAAAGAAACCCAAAUAAUAACAUUGCUAUGUGUAAGAAAACCUUACAACGACGCUGGUUGAUUGGAUUACGAACAGACUUCAUGUCACGUGAAUCCGAACGCAUCACCAUGGUUUCCAUGCCGCACAUGCUCUGUGACGGAACUCCUUUGAUGUCGAUGAUGUAACAAACACGUUUGAAGUCCAAAACAGUGGACCACUUGUGAGUUCUGCUCAGAACACUUUAACAAGCGUUCAUAGUCCUGCUGAUUACAGAAAGAUUUGAGAAAAUUUGACCUUUUUUUCAACUUUUUUCUGUAAACACAGUUUGUAUUAAUUUGAUUUCUAGACAAAGACCUACUCAGUCAUCACAAUAGUAGUUACACAGCCAGAAGGAAUCCAUAUUUUCAUAGUUUUUCAAAGAAAACUGCAUCUCUAAAUGGAAAAACUGCUCUACAGUAUCCCAAAAGACAAGUGGGACGACUUUGUUGCUGGUAGUGCUGCGAUACAGAAAAUAUGGUUGAAGGAACAUCUGCUUUUGGACAGUACCGAUUUCUUUUCUGCUCUGGUUUUGUCCAAAGUCCAGAGCCUGCCUGUCACACGCAAGGAUGUCAAAGCCAUUGUGGGUAACCAACUACCAGAAGCUCUUGCGAAGGUCCUGAGAAGUACAGAGAUUUGUGAUUUAGAACCCAUUAAAAUGUUUAACAAAUUAGUUAUCAGAGAAGUGGCAAGCAAGAUCCAAUCCUCCACCAAUCAGGACAGUAUGAAGAAACAGUCUCAGGUCAGAAGAAGCAUGGAUAAACUAUUCCACGCGGUGGAUCAAGUUAGGGUGCUGGGACAUCAAACAGCUGUAGAUAAUGGCACAAAAGCAAAGAUUUGUAAACAGGAGAAUGUUCCGUCUACCAAUGCUGCACCACACACUUUGAGGGCACCAAGAAGAAAAGCAAAGGGUGCACCUGCGAUUUAUAAUAAAUACCAUGGAGGGAAACAAUGGUUAAAAGAGGGAGUGCCCAAGUUACCAACCAUCCCUGAAGCCACUCAGAUGGAGGAAAUGUUGGCUGAAAUCAACCAUUUUGGAUACAACAUCCAGACUUACAAUGAGGUGUGGGCUAAGAUGACGGACCAAGAAACUACGGUACAAAGUCAGUGCGAACAGUUUCCACACCUGUAUCAGAGGUCCUGUUAGCAGAUCUGCUAUGGAGGCGUCCAUCUGCAGCCGCAUUUCAGAGCUCAGAGGAACAGCCGACCUCAACGGCCUUCAUUUCGGGUCUGAAGCUGAAAACCUGGAUGGGACCAGAACUUCUUUACCUGGCUGGCGCUUUGGACUUAUAGGCUAAAUCUGUAGAGUUUGAGUGAUGUUUGUUUAAAUGUGUGUAAAUUAUCUUUGAGUUGUUUGCGGCGGCAUCUUCAGUAAGUUAAAUCAAGAGAAGUGGACAAAGAGGGGGUUGACCCGUUAAUGAUUUGUUUCUUCCUGCAGAGGGCUCAUGAUGUUUAUGUGUGAUUGUUUGCUAAAAAUAUUUUGCCUUUUUUCCCCCCCCAUUCUUGUAAUAUUUGAUCCUGUGGAUGCAAAUGUCAGAAGCCUUUGGUAUAAACUGAAAUAUGCAUGACUUCAUUUUCGUACACACCGUAACCUCCAGCCCUCUGUAAGAUACCCCUCUCAGCUCAAUGUUGCUGCAGUGCAUUGUUGCAGGUUCGUUUUGA